CCUCGUGCCGCUGCCGACGCAGGUGUAAGCGCCCGCCCUCCCCGCCGUUCCGCUCGUCGGUCGUGCGCAGAGGCAUGGAUGGCCAGCGGGUUCUGUCUGUUGAAGGACGACUCCUUUCCUCUCCUCCCACUCACCUCUUGGCAGCGUGGUGGUGAUUAUUUCGUUUUCUCCGAGGGCCAAGUUGCAUAGGGUCGUUGCUCGUCCACAGUCGCCUCGUCCAUCUUCUCUUCCCUAGGGCCUCCUCCGCUAGCCGUGUCACUCUUUGGCCUGCCGUCCUCGAUUACAUCUGCCGCCUAGUACCGACCGACGACAAUAGACCGUCCUGGUAGACGGCCCUGUAGUAUUGAACCGAGUUGACCCCUGCCCUCCACUACAUGCGAAUGCUCGAUUGAAUCGAAACCCGCAACUGUUGACGCUGGCCGUCGUCGUCAUCGUCGUCAUCAUCAUUCAUCACCGUCGUCCACCACCCGCGGCCUCUCUCUCUCUCUCUCUCUCUCUUCUUCGCCGGCCAUGCCCAACAAGGUCUUUCUCGCCGCCCUCGCGGCCGACGUCCUCUUCCUCGCCACGGGCUGCAUCCAGCUGGGCUUCUGCCUCAUCGUGCGCGGCCUCAUGAACGACGUCCCGAGCGACGGCACCGAGGCCGUCCGCAACCUGCUCUACCGCCGCUUCCCCCUGACGGCCGGCAUCGUCAACGCCGCCCUCAUCAUCGCCACCUUCGUCUUCACCGUCCCCGGCAUGAUGUCCCCCGUCCGCGGCUGGCUCAAGGCCGGCGGCUACCUCAUCACCAUCUGCGGCCUCUACACCCUCUGCGUCGGCGUCUUCCUCUGGAUCAUGACCUUGCGCAUCAAGGAUGCCUUCUUCGAGACUUACGUCGACCAGACGCCCGCCGUGCAGUCCCUGAUACAGGAUUCGUUUGAGUGCUGCGGCUACUUCAACCGCACCACGCCCGCCUUCGUCACCGACAACACUUGCCCCAGCCCCGCCGCCGCCGCCCUGCUCCGCGGCUGCGCGACCGCCAUCUCGAGCUUUGCGAACAUCUUCAUCGACAACAUCUUCACCGCCGUCUUUGGCAUGGUCGGCGUCGACGCGGUCCUCAUCCUCGCCAUCGCCUGCCUCCUCAAAGACCGCAAGGAGCGCGAGCGCUACCGCCACAUUGAUGAGAAGGCGGGCUACGGCGGUCUUUGAGCUGCCCCUUCUGCGGAGCGCGUCCCGUCCUCUAGCCCAGCGGCUCGGUAUCUUGCCGUGCGCAUGCUUCAUAGGCGCGGGAAGUUGAGAGCAUCCACCUUGAACGUUGAACGGCACUGGACGCCUGUUGAAGAUGGCCUGUCGCCUCCCUUUUCGUCUUUUCGUGAAAGGCGAACUACUCUUUGGCUCCUGGUAUGAACCAAAGAUCUCGCUCACUGUUCUGCGGCCCUCCCUCACAUCCUGUCUAGCUUGUUGUAAUUAAAAUUCGUGGCUCUCGGUGCAUAGUGGGAAUAGAACUAUUCAGGCAUAAUCGUAUAUUAUCAAGGAG